GCUGCUGCUACUUCCGGUUACGGCUGUCAGGAGGACUCGGCGCUCCUCCCUUACCUCUUUGCUCAUCGCUGGCUGAAGCGAUGGCGAGCGGAGGCCCGAGCGUGCCACUCACAGAGGAAAGGGAGGCGGUGACGACGCUGUCCGGACCCGGCGCGGCAGAAGCUGAGGAAGAGGAAGAGGAAGAGCAGGAGGUGUUGGCUCUAGCCGUCCGGCUGAGGCGACGUCUGAGGGGCUGGGAAGCCACCGUGACGGCCGUGCAGCGGCUCUUGGUUUGGGAGAGGCCGCCACAAAGCCUGGCCGGGGCCGUGGCGCUGGGAGCUGCUUUGUGGUUGUUUUCCUCUACUUCAUUACGUCCCCUUUUCCUCCUUAGUACUGGUUUUAUUGGUAUUCUGCUGUUGGAGAGAUGGAAGCCCCAAUUUUUAUUGGAUUUCUCAGUACAACCCAUAGAAGAACCGGGGGGAGACAGUGACCAUGAGAUGACAGGAGCACAACCUCACCUGCUCAGUAUUUCAGAACUCUGUCGUUGCUUGGCUGAGAGCUGGAUUACCUUUAGGCUAUACCUGCAGGAACUUCUGCAGUAUAAGAAGCAAAACCCUGCCAAGUUCUGUGCCAGAAUCUGCUCAGGAUGCUUGAUUCUAGCAAUUGUGGGACAUUAUGUUCCGGGCAUCAUGAUCUCCUACAUUGCCUUACUUAGUAUUCUACUGUGGCCGCUGGUAGUUUACCAUGAACUCAUUCAAAGAAUGUAUACUCGUUUGGAGCCCAUCCUAAUGAAACUGGACUACAGUAUGAAGGUGGAGACUUUGCAUCUUAAACAUGAAAAGAAAAAGCGUCAAGGAAAGAUUGAGCCAGAAGCUGGCAAUGAACCAAUGGCAGAAACAGAAAGUGAGAGUGAAGCAGAACUGUCUGGCUACUCUCCAGUGGUAGAUGUGAAGAAGACAGCUCUGGCAUUAGCAAUCACAGAUUCUGAACUCUCCGAUGAGGAGGCAUCUAUCCUAGAAAGUGGAGGAUUCACCGUCUCCAGAGCUACAACACCACAACUGACAGAUGUGUCUGAAGAUCUGGACCAGCAGAGCCUCCCCAGUGAGCCUGAAGAAUGCUUCUCCAAGGAUUUAGCAGAAUUCCCUUCUGUAGAAGAGUUCCAUUCCAAAGACUUGGGACCAUCCAAUGAAGAUGACAAUUUUGGGAUUCCCAUUCAAAGUGCACAACAGCUAAAUUCUGCUGAAGAGGAAGAGGAGGAGGCGGCGGCGGCAUCAGCAGUAGCUGCCGCCGUGAAUUCGGACACAUCCAUUCUGUGCCUGGCCUCACCCCUGCAUUUUGUAAAUACCCAUUUCAAUGGGAAUGGGCAGGCCAUGGUGGGAGGAAUCCCUGAAUCCCAAGCUACCUGUGCACAAGGCCUGGGGCUACACAUCGAUUCGUUGAGUCAAGAGAUUGUUACUACGGCUAUCAGCACAGUUGUGCAGAACACCCUGUCAGCUCUGCUCCACUCCUCGGAGGACACUGAAGGGCCCUGUUUCUCUGAGUUCUUGCCUACGGAACCUGAAGAGAGACUUAGUUUCCAGGCACAGCUAUCUGCGAAUGAGGAAGUGGGAGCAGCUCCUCUGCCUGGGAAAGAAGAGGAGGAAGAGGAAGCUGAUGAUUUUGAGCUGCUGGAUCAGAAGGAGCUGGAGCAAAUGGAUACAGAGCUAGGCCUUGCUGGAGAAACAGAAGCUCCAGGAGCUCCUUCUCAACCUCCUAAAGAACCAUCACCCUGAUCUCACUGUUCAGUUCUGUUUCCGUAGCUGCCAGAAGGGACAAACAGAGAAGUUUAGGCUGUACUGAAGGACAGAUAGACGUGUGGCAAAGCACCCAAAGUCCAAGCAAAGCACCCAUAUUUGCAGUGUUAUGUCUGGAAUUGAAAGUUGUUGUCCUCCUCCUCCUAGUAUUGGCCUUUCCACCAGGCCUCUGUUUCUGCCCAUGCUUCUUAGUGAUGAUGCAGUCUUUGUCUGCUGCUGUAAUUUUUCUGUAUUAGUCUGUUUUGCUGUUUUUAUUUCGCACAUAUUUUCUGCUAGAUAUUCCUGCCACUACAACUUACUGCUCAUCCCCAUAUAUCCAGUAGGAAAUAAAGGAGUUUUAUUCAGCAGAGAGGGUGUAAAUAAUUUAAAGAGGACAUUGGUCUGUUAAUUGAACAGGAAGGAAAAACAUUCUUGGAGAAAUAGAUUUGGGAGGGGUUUUCUUUUUCACAGAAAGUUGGGGAAUAGAAAGUAUGUUUUCAUGUAGUGAUACCAUAUAGAGAAUUUUUUUUUCUGGGAAAAUGAAGGCAAUCUGAACUUUAACUGUCUUGCACAGAAAGCAGGUGCUUCUACCGUUCCAAGAACCAGUUCUAUGUUCUCAAAUAUUUUAAACCUUCAGCCUAUUUUCCACUAUACAUAGGGUGAAUAUACACUAUGCCCAAGGUUUCUGGGAAGGCACAGCCUGAUUUUAUUUAUUCUGAACUACACAUCUAGUUGUCUGGAAUUUUUAAAAAUUCAGUUGGAAGAACUCAAAUUUAGUUGUAGAAUCUGGAAGCCUCUUUCCUCUUCCCUUUCCCUUUCUGCUGCACUUUACAAAUAGUUUUGCUUGUUGGUAUCAACCCUGCCCUAAAAUAUCCUGGGCAAAAUGAGUUCUUCUAAUGCCCUUAGCCUCGCCUCAGGGAGAGAAGCAGAACAGCUAGAUAAGACAUUAUGUGAGACACAAGAAAUAAUUCUAGUGUCAAAGGGGAGGAAGGGGACUCGUUUUGCCUAUCGACUCCCUUCGUUUUUGAAAGACCAAGCAUUUCAAUUGCAAUAUCUUUGCUAAUUAGAGCAAUAGGUCCAUUUCUGUUUUCAGGAGAAAGAACUGGGCAAGAUGGUUGGUCUCCCCUCCCUCCCCAAAAGUGGUCAAUGUCCAUAGGGAUGGAUUGUGAAAUGUUACGGGAAACACAAUGGAAACAAAAUGGGUCAAUACUUUUAUUUUAAAGCAGCAGAGUUGCUGCAAAGCUACAACUGUUUAGCAGUGGCCUUCCUUAAUUGAAUGGCUCUUAGUUUGUUCCUUCACUUCUGCCCGUUUCAGCCAGUUUUCCCAUGAAUUGUCAGUCUUGGUAUUGUUGCUCGUUUUCCAAGGGACUACAAGCCAUAGUGCAAAAACAGCAUUAUGAGUUGGUUGUCCUCUCAUUGUGUAAAGUAUUCAAAAUAUACAGUAUGUCACCCAGCUGUUGGUGCGCUAGGAUAAAGAGAAACUACAACUUAGAUUUAUAAAUGCAGGCUCCAGAUCUCUUGUUACCGGUCCCAUAGGACUUUCCCCUUAAACUGCGCUUCUUAAGUUAUUUGAUUAAGAUGCACGAAGGGCAUCUGAAGGAAAUCCAAAUGGCUCUGCAAUUUUGGCCUCCAUACUUAACCUCUCCCCCUGCCUUUGGCAACUGCUAGGAAGAUAACUGUACUUACUGCCUUCUUUCUCUUUCUCCAUUCAGACUUCUGAUAAACGGCAAUGAAUUUGUAGAUGUCUGCAAGCACAACUGUUUUUGUCAGCCAGAGCUGGCUCCUUUUCUGUCCUGUAUUGCCUGCCCCUCCCUCAAAAGGAGUGGAGUGGGGUGACUGUGAAUAACAGCUUCCUCUUACUGUCUGCACUUUGGAAACAGGCAGCUUUGUGGCACUGAGUGUAAAGCCUGCCCACCCUUUGUGUUGUGCCCUGGCAAUAAUUUUUCCACUCGGUGAAAAAGCUCUAACUUUUUCUUUCUGGUGCAGAAGGCAUGUAUUGUGUUGAUAUUUCUCUCUGGUUCUUUAUGCUUUCUUCCUUUCCUUUGGUGGCAGCAAUGCCCUGCUGCUCCAGGAUAGAGACUCCUAAUGAAGGGCUGGAAAAUAGCUAUUAUCAUUGCCCGGGAAAGGUGAAAGGCUCUAAAUUGUGUAGCAGUGUUUAUUCUAUGACUAAAUAUUUAAAAAUGAAAUGUAGUCUUUUUAAUAAAAAAAAA